AUGAGUAGACUUGAGACGACGAGAGCUGAGCUUGGUCUGGUGGUAGUCUACCUGAAUAAAGCGGAGGCGAGAGACAAGAUAUGUCGGGCAAUUCAAUAUGGAUCCAAGUUCUUGAGUGAUGGACAAGCUGGCACUGCUCAAAACGUUGACAAGUCCACCAGCUUGGCUAGGAAAGUUUUCCGUCUCUUCAAGUUUGUGAAUGAUCUCCAUGCUCUCAUUAGCCCUGUUCCCAAAGGCACUCCACUCCCGCUUGCUCUGCUCGGGAAGUCCAAAAACGCAUUGCUGUCUACCUUCUUGUUCCUCGAUCAAAUCGUGUGGCUUAGCAGGACUGGGAUUUACAAGGACAAAGAAGGUGCUGAGCUUGUUGGACGUAUAUCCCUCUUCUGUUAUUUGGGAUCUUCUGUCUGCACAUCCUUAGUUGAGAUUGGGGAGCUUGCUAGGCUCUCAACAUCAAUCAAGAAGCUGGAAAAAGAGAUUGGGAACAAGGAUAAGCACUAUAACGAGCAGUACCGGGCGAGACUAGAGAAAUCAAGCGAGAGGUCAUUGGCUCUGAUAAAAGCAGGGAUGGAUGUAGUUGUCGCUUUCGGAUUGCUUCAGUUGGCUCCAAAGAAAGUCACUCCCCGAGUCACUGGCGCUUUUGGAUUUGCCUCCUCUCUCAUCUCUUGUUAUCAGUUAUUGCCAUCGCAUCCCAAGUCCAAGACGGUCUGA